AUGGCGGGCAACCUUCAAGAUAUCAACCCAGCGUCUACUGCCGUGGCCAAGGACGAUCUGGUGAUUCCUCUUAUCGACUUCGGGCCCUUCUUCACCGGAACCCCGUCCGACAAGCACGCCGUCGCCUUAUCUAUCACCAAUGCCUUCAAGACAUCCGGCUUCGUAUACCUCAAAGAUCAUGGCAUUCCACCCUCAGUGGUAUCCCGAGUCUUCGCUUCAUCAGCUGGAUUCUUCCGUAGACCACAAAGCCAGAAGGACGGUCUGGGCUGGACUACCCCACAAUCGAACCGUGGUUAUGUCGCGAUCGGGCGUGAGAAGCUAGCUACCCUCGAAGAGACGGGGGAGAUGGAUGCAUUGCGGGGAUCUGCACCUGAUAUCAAAGAGACCAUGGAGAUAGGCCGUGAGGGAGUCGAUGGUCUGCCUAAUCAGUGGCCGGAUCAUCUCGAUGAUGAAGGGAAGGAUUUCAAGGAGACGAUGCUUUCCUUCUUUAGUAUGUGCAAGGAUCUGCACAGACAGGUUAUGAGUGCUAUUGCUUUGGGCAUGAAUUUGCCGGAGCACUUUUUCGACGGCUUUGUCAAUGAAGGGGAUAAUAAUCUUCGUCUAUUGCACUACCCUCCCGUUCGGAAGGAUGUCUUCAAGCAGAACCCGAAUCAGGUUCGUGCGGGCGAACACAGCGAUUAUGGGUCUAUCACGCUGCUUUUCCAAGAUCGACAUGGUGGUCUGCAGGUGCGAAGUCCCAAGGGGACGUUUGUCGAUGCGACUCCCAUCCCUGAUACCAUUGUCGUCAAUGCUGGGGAUCUCCUGGCCCGGUGGUCAAAUGAUACUAUCAAGAGUACUCGCCAUCGGGUCAUUGAGCCGCCCAAACCGGAGGGCCAGGAUGUGGAUGAUACGUCGGAUUCGUAUCCUUCUCGAUACAGUAUUGCUUACUUCUGCAAUCCGAAUAACAACAAGGUGAUCGAGGCGCUGCCGGGUACGUUUGGUGAAGAUAUCAACGUGACCAAGAAAUAUGCCGAUAUCACGGCAGGCGACUACCUGGUUCAGCGACUGACUGCCACCUACUGA